AGUUGUACCAGUAAUCCCCAGCCAGACAUAGAGGACAGAGUGCGCCAUCUAGAGGAGAGAUUUGUAGACGGCUUCUGUCAGGUGAUGGGAAAGAACAAGAAGUCUAUAUCCCAGCAGAGAUAUCAACUGGCUGUAAGGCUGUACUAUAGAGUGCUGGAGAAAAUGCUCAAAGCUGAAGAGGACCGGCUUUCCCGCGCUGACUUCAGCACACUGCUCAACAAUGAUACAUUCCACAAGUCUCUGCUGGCAUGUGCCGUGGAGGUGGUCAUGGCAGCCUAUGCUUCCACAGUCCCGGGCAACGCAACUCCAUCCAGCACCGACACAGCAUUCCCAUGGGUCCUGGCAGUAUUUGGUCUACAAGCUUACAACUUUCACAAGGUGCUGGAGAGUUUUAUCAGAGCAGAACCUUGUCUGCCUAGGGAGACCAUAAAGCAUAUACAAAGUAUUGAGAAUCAGAUUUUGGAAAAAAUAGCCUGGAAGUCUGAUUCACCACUGUUUGACUUGCUUAAAAGCACCGAGAUUCCAGCGCCAUCUAUUCCUGUGUCGCCAGGAGUGAAGGAGCAACCCAAAAACGGAGGCAAACCUGUGACAGCAGCACAGCUGUACCUGUCUCCGACAAAUGGGUUACAGGCAACGUGCAAGAUGGCUGACACAGCUCAGGUCAUUGCCAGCAGUUCUGUCAGGCAGACUCCACCAAAAAGAUCUCAUUCUCUUAAUCUCUUUUUUAAUAAAGUGUCCAGACUGGCUUAUCAUCGCCUUCAAGAUCUGUGUACAUUGCUUGCCAUACCUAAAGAUAUGCAACUGAAGAUCUGGACGUGUUUGGAACACUGUAUCACAAGGAAGCCAGAUCUUCUCAGAGACAGACACUUGGAUCAGGUGAUGCUGUGCUCUGUCUAUGCAAUCCACAAAGUGAUCUCAACUGACACGGAGCUCAAGUUUAAAACCAUUGUACAUAUGUACAAGUCAAUGCCCCAUGCCACACAAGAGGUAUUCAAGAACACUCUCAUCUCAGGAAAUGAGUAUGAUUCUAUCAUUGGGUUCUACAACCGUGUGUUCAUGCAGGCCACCAAGAAUGUGAUCCUUCAGUUUAGUCCCUCCAGGUCUAGCAAUCCUGGGUCAUUGACUUUAUCCCCAGUGCCAAAGAAUAUCCAGUCUCCUCUCACUGCUUCCCCUGUCUACAGUGUCCCAGGCAGGAAAAACUUCUAUGUGUCCCCCCUGAAGAGCCCUACCUUUAAGGCCCCCAUCUCCCCCAGUCAGAUGACCCCCAGGACCCGGCAGCUGUACAGUUUUGGAGAGGGAUUUGGGUCCUCUGAGAAAUUGAAGUCCAUCAACGAUACCCUAAGGGCCAUGAAGCGCACCUCCCCCACAGCUGUCACCCCUAAGAGCCAGAAGAGACUACGCUUUGACCAGCCUGACCAGGAUCGGAGGUACAGAGGAUGUUUGAGGGGAAAGCAAGAGUGCUUAAAGGAUUAAAUUUAUAUAGUUUUU